AUGUUUAGAAUGAUGGAAAAGUACUCGACAGACCUGGAGGAACAAGUCAGUGCACGUACCGCAGAGCUGGAGUCAGAGAAACGCAAAAAGGAAUAUCUCAUAGCUCGACUUCUUCCACUUGUGGUGGCUGAAUCACUAAAGUCUGGAAAGUCGGUUGCACCCGAAACCUUCGACGAGGUGUCCAUCUACUUUAGCGACAUUGUCAGAUUCACGACCAUCUCAGCUCUCUCAACCCCACUGCAAGUGGUUGGUUUGCUGAAUGACCUCUACACAAUGUUUGACGCAACCAUUGAUAACUACGACGUCUACAAAGUGGAGACCAUUGGAGACGCCUACAUGGUGGCCUCGGGUCUGCCCAUACGAAAUGACCUAUGUCAAAUUUUCAACUUUCUAACAAAAGCCUUUAGAAUCCACAUCAGUCAACCGUUUAAAGAGCUGCUGGAUACGAUUGGUGGCUACACGACAGAGUACCGUGGCACAGUAGAACUGGAGGGAGGAAUUGAAAUGCACUCUUUCUGGCUGCAGAACAGCGUGGAAUUUCACAAGCCUCUGCCUACACCACCGCCACUCACCCCGUAA